UUUACCUUGACCGAUGAGUGAGGGGAUCCGUUUUCUCUCAGAAAAAACCCCACUCUUUUCCUGUCUUUCCAUAAAAAUUGUUGCAGAAUUCUGGGACUCCAACCCCCCUCCACGUGUAGUGCCUAAUGGGCGGCUGGUCAAAGACUGCGGUGUUGGAGCUGUACAGAGCGCUGCUCCGGGCGGGGCGCCACCUGCAGUACACCGACCGCAAUUAUUACCGGCAUACUUUAGCUCGCGAGUUCCGCCGCUGCCAGGCCCUCACCAACCCACAGGCCAGGGAGGAGGCUCUGAAGAGGGGCCAGUUCUUCCUCCGCAGUCGUUUGGGGGGCCUGGUUUAGUGCCGUAGUCAGCAGGGCUUCAAGCCCCCCCCCCCGUUAGCCUCUGCCCCACUCUAGGACAAGUGUUGGACCACUAAAAGCAAGUAAAAUGGCAGGGGUAAGCGGUGAGCGAAAGGGGAAGAAGGAUGACAACGGUAUUGGUACAGCCAUUGACUUUGUCCUUUCCAAUGCCAAACUGGUGCUGGGUGUUGGGGGAGCUGCCAUGCUGGGGAUCGCCACACUGGCCGUAAAGAGGAUGUAUGACCGAGCUAUAAGUGCUCCCACCAGCCCAACUAAAAUGGAUCAGUCGGGUAAGAGGAGCUGGGAGGAGCCAAGCUGGCUAGGAUCGUCUCCACGGUUAUUGAACUGCGACAUGAAGUCCACAGUCAGUCGGUCGCUGCAAACUCUGCCCACUUCUUCUCAUGCCUUUGAACCAGACUGUGUGCGACGGGUGACAGGCCGGGGUGGUCCCCGCAAGGCAGAGCUUCAGCAUGCCCGCAUGAGACUCUCUCUCCAGGAAAGACUGUGGGCCUUCUACCGGCAAUGUGUGGCUAUCCCUGCGGGUGAGCAGGCUGCUGCGCGCCGUGCCGCCCUGGACAUUUGCGCGGAGCUCCGGGUUUUCCUUCACUCCAAGCUGCCUGACAUGCCCCUGCGGGAAAUGUACCUAAGCGGCAGCCUCUACGAUGACCUCCAGGUGGUAACUGCUGACCAUGCUCAGUUGAUGGUUCCCUUGGUCCUGGAGAAGAACCUGUGGUCACCAGUUCCUGGGGAGGAUACCAUCAUGAAUGUGCCUGGCUUCUGGCUGGUGCGGAGGGAAAACCUGGAGUACUUCCCUCGGGGGAGCAGCUACUGGGACCGCUGCGUGGUGGGCGGGUACCUGUCUCCUAAGAGUGUGCUAGAGGUCUUUGAGAAAUUGGUGGCAGGCUCUAUCAACUGGCCAGCGAUUGGAAGCGUGUUGGACUACAUCAUCCGACCCGUCGUGCCCUCUGAGACGCUGACUCUGGAGGUGCAGUAUGAGACGGACCGUCGGCUCUACGUAGACUUCCUCCCGUUGAUCGUGAUGGAGGAUGGCGUGUCUCUGAUUGCGAAGCCGCACCGCUGGGCCGAGCGCCAUGAGAACUUGUGGCGUCAGAGCUUCCGAGUAGCAGAGACAGCACGGCUACGCACCCUCGACCAGGAAGACGGGGGCUGCCGCUGCCUGUGUCUGAAAGUGGGAAAGGCCAUAUGCAAACUGAACCCCGCACUCACACAUCUUUCCUCCAGCCAAUUAACCAACGCUCUGCUGCUGCUAAGUGAAACAGAGCAUGACUGGACUCAGGGCGCGCUGGCUGACCGCUUCCUGGGCCUGCUGCGUGCGCUAGUGGGACACCUAGAGGCUGGGAGGCUGCCCUGUGCCCUUAAUCCCAAGGUUAACCUCUUCUGUGAGCUCACCCCCCAGGAGGUGGAUGAGCUGGGAUACACCCUCUACUGUGCAUUGUCCAACCCAGAAAGUUUGCUCAGAACUGCCUGACCUGCUGUCAGAGCACGGUCAUAGCGAUCAGCCAGCAAGCUGUUCGGGUGACCAUAGGCAGUCUUUUCAGAGUAACUUCCUCCCACUGCUGUGAGAUACGAACGUCAUUCUUCAUGUUCCAGCUGCCUCUUAACACAUUUUUACAGCCAUAAACUAAAUAGUAUUACAGAUUCCCUCUGGUUUGUGUGCCAUCUUAUUCUUUUAACUUUGCACAGUAUUGUUUGGCAACCUUGUAGUGUUGCAGAACUCAUUGCAGUGCUCAAUGUACCAUGAUAUGGUAACAAGGACUGCUGACUCUAACCAUUGUUGUCAGCAGCAAGAGUUCAGAAAAUUAAGAUGUGCACAUUUUUAUUUGAAAAUAAAAUACACAAAUGAUCCUUUGUGUUUGUGACUGUUUU